GAACACGAAAACAAAACGAAGAGUUCUAAUUUCUUUCAAUCGGUAUGGAACCAAACAGUGCCCUUAUUUCAUAAAAAGCACAUCAAAAAUACAGUGAUAAUUUUUGCUGUUUGUGUACCAUGUUAUUGCAUAGGACCUCCGUUUUCCGCGUGGAUGCCGCUGGUAUUCAACACUUACAAAAACUUGGGAACGUCUGACAUGAGAUUCUGUGAUAUUUUUCAAGUUCAUGAUGCACAAACUUACUCAGGAAACAAUACAUUUACUGACAUGAGCCCAGUAUGUGACGACACCAUAGUCCCGUUCACAUUCAUUAUCUUAUCCGGCUACGCUAUCGUGAUGACGACCAUCUCCAUCCUCGCUGUUAUCAUCGUCAAGUACAUCGGCAAAAAGUUCAUGUAUAUCGGGUUCCACCUACUGUGUUCCACCCUAGCCUUUACAAUAAACGUCGUACCUAUUGACUGGAGUAUUGCGGCUUUCCUUGGCAUGAUGUGUAACGUCGUGUGCAUGGGAGUGUGUACAAGCUAUGCUGUGGAAUUGUUCCCGACUUAUAUGAGAGCGAUGGCUGUUGGUUUAUCAAUGAUGUUCGCUAGAGCCAUUUCAUUCAUAUUUUUUAACAUUAUAGGAGUGCAACUACUGAACAAUUGUGGCAAUUUCCUCAUUUAUCUAGGGGUAUUUUUACUCGCCGGGGCAGCUCUGGGACUGCUGCUACCUUCAGAUAGAAAACAAGUCGCAAAAUAAUCUGACAGCGGUUCGUAAAGAUGACCGUGUCACAGUUUAAUCGCCGCUUCUAAAUACUAGUAGUCUAGUGUCGAAGUCUAG